AUGGGUACGACAAAUCACACUUCUACGGUGCCUGUCCCGGCAGAGCCGGCGUUGGACUACCACUUCAAGUACACGGUGCAAAAGGGCGUUUUCAUGCAGAGCGAGGAUGAGACUGAUGACAAGAGUUUCGAUUUCAAGACGCAAAACUUCGGUCUCAUCGACCGUUCCUACCCGGGAGAAGACGACAGCGAAGAAAAGCAAUGGAGGCGUCUUGAGAAGUACGUGGCCAGUUUGGAAGCUGCGAAGAAAGAGGGUGAGAGUUACAAAGUACUCUUUCUGGGUCGCCAUGGUCAGGGUUGGCAUAACGUUGCAGAGACAAAGUACGGGACAAAAGCUUGGGACUGCUACUACGCCGCCCUCGACGGCUUCGACGGCAUAACCUGGGCGGAUGCAAACCUCACCACUGUAGGCCAAGACCAAGCUCUCGCUGUGAACAAGCUAUGGGCCGAACAACUAUCCCUCGGCAUCCCACCCCCACAAACCUACUACGUCUCGCCCUUAACCCGUACAAUCGAAACAGCCAACCUGAGUUUCAAGUCCCUCCCGCUUCCUGAGUCGCGCCCUUACAAACCCUUCAUCAAAGAGCUCGUCCGCGAAGCCCUCGGCGUACACACAUGCGACCGCCGCAGCACAGCCGCGUACAUCAAAGCCACUUUCACGGAUCCACCUCUAACUUUCGAACCCGGAUUCUCAAACGAAGACCUACUCUGGGAGGCUGGAUACCGGGAACCAAGAUCCGCAAGACGGUACCGCCUAGCCACCUUUCUGGACGAUGUUUUCGCCACCGACGACAAUGUGUGGUUGAGUUUUACUAGUCACUCGGGGGCGAUUGGCAGUAUGCUGGAGGUGCUUGGGCACAGGACGUUUGCGCUUGAGACGGGGGGUGUUAUACCGGUUUUUGUCAAGGCGGAGAGGGUGGCUGGGAAGAGGGAGGUUCCGCCUAAGGAACCUAGUGCUUCGCCGCCCUUGUGUGAUGGGCCGCCUGAGUGA